GUGAUCCCCUGCUACUAGACACGGAAGCCUGUUAAGCGAAAGCUUCUAUUCCGUCCACAACCAUUUGAACCAUUUGAACAGUGCCUAUUGAAUAGCGGCAGCUUUAAGGUGUGCGUUACUACACAGGCAUGAGAAUAUACAGGUGUUGGUUUUGUUCGAGUCCAAUAUACCCUGGUCACGGGAUUCUAUUUGUAAGAAAUGACUGUAAAGAAUUCCGUUUCUGUAGAGGAAAGUGUCAUAAAGCGUUUAAAAAGCAUAAAAAUCCUCGCAAAGUAAGAUGGACUAAAGUUUCCAGAAGAGUUCGCGGGAAAGAACUAACUGAUGACCUUUCCCAAACAUUUGAGAGGAAGCGAAAUUCAUUACUGAAGUAUGAACGAGCAGCAGUUAAAAAAAUCGUUGAUGCUGUUCCAAAAAUUGAUCAGAUCAAGCAUAAACGAGAAUCCGCAUUUAUCAAAAAACGACUUUCGAAAGGAGUACAGUUGCGUAGAGAAGAAGAUAUUAAACUUGUUAACACACAAAUGCAUCUUAUUGAAGCCCCAGGAGCCAAAAGAAAACGUGAACUAAUGGAUAUUGAUUCUGAAACAGAUUUGUCAGAAGAGGAAACAAUGGACCUUUCAUUUACUGAACUUGAGAAGGAGACAAGUAAAAGAAAAGCAGUUGAUAAGUCAAAAACUCGUGUCAAGAAACAAAAAAUCGCUUUGGAAGCUAGCUGAUUGAAAUAUAUUGAUUUUGUACUUAUUUGAAUUGCUAUUAUAUCUUUCAUCUUACUGAAGUAUGAACUUCCCCGUUUCUAGCUUGUCACUUAUGGGUGGUAAAUGAUAGUUUCUAAGAAUUUCUUCAUCACUCUUUCAUCUGUCAUCGUUCACUGAAUAUCAGUCUAAGUGAUUUUUGUUCAACGAAAAUAGAAAGUCAAAAUUUAGGAUAGACAGUUCCUACUCCUUGUGUUUGUUCAUCUUUGAAUUCUCUCGGCAUGUCGUAAGUACCAAGCUGUGCGCUGUUUACAGAAUGAAAGACAUUUGUUUAGAGGAAUACAUUAGGUUCUUAUUUAUGGUUCUGUAAGUACCACUGGCUUUUGAUAACUGGUAUUUGCUGUGCCUAUGUUUACUGCUAAAAGAAGCACUGAGCAAGUUUGUCUCAACACUGAAAUUCCAACUUUAAUUGGUUGUUGUGGAUAGUUAUCAUUUGACCUGAUAGUGUACAGUGGUGUCCGUGGAAUAUAUAAAUAUUCAUUUUCGUCCUAUUCCACUACAGAGAUGCUGUUUAAAGUAUUUAUCUCUACCCUUUGUUCCUCAGUGAUUCCUUUUUUAAUCCGAUAACUUUCUAAUUAAAGAAAUUGAUAUUAAAUCACGAAUCAAUCUAAGUUAUACCACCCUUGAAAACCUGAAAGUAAUGGGAGGCCGUUUAGUCUUAGUAUGGCACUCAUCAACACUGAUCCAUGAUCUUGUGCACGAGACUCAAAAUUGGGACGUCCGGUCUUGCGUGUGGACUCUUGAGCUCAAGACCGUUGAACCGGCAUCCAACGGUGCAAAUGCCUAACUCCAAUCAAUCCAUGGUUUUGUGCAGUCCUUCAUCGAUCGCCUGAUGUGGAUACGGUGGGCACGGGUUGAACUCCAUCGCUCACGGCAUCUCACUAGGACUCCAGAAGUUUAAUCUCGAAGCUAGUCACUAGUGAGCACAAAUUCUCCAUAUUAAUAUCAAAUCUCUCUUAAGAAAAUAUCCUUCUUGGUAUCCAAGAAUUACCCUACAUUAUGUGCUGGAAACUCUAACAUAUCCAAAUAAUUCUAGUCUUACAGUUAAUUGCUUGCCGAAAUCUUUUGACUUAUGCAACACAAUGCCAAUAUUCAACAACUACAGAUACCACUUGAUAAUAGGUAGGUAUA